GGAUGAACGCAGCCCUUCAACGGUUACAAUCCUGAUCAUGGCGGAAGCGACGGCCGCACUCGACAUCGCGUACCACAAAUUGGAGAUUCAACACUCGCAUGAUGACUUCCCUGAUCUGCAGCGCCGCAUUGACAUGGCUAAAGCCAUCUUGGAAGAACGCCGGAAACAGUACGAUGCCCUGACCACGGAGGCAGCAGACCGUCAGGCCAAGAUAGCCCAGCUUGUGCAAGAUGAGUUGAUCGUACGAAAACAGCAGCAAGAGGCAGUCAAGAGCCGCUUUAAGCUCCAGCGGCGGCUAUCUGACGUCGGGGGCCACGAAAAUGCCCUCAAAAUCCUCAUCGCGACGUUGGCAGCUACCAAGGAAGACGUGCUGACCGUGAGACAGACGAAAGCGACGCUGUCAGCAGCCCACAAGGACCUGGAGAAGGAAGCCGCGAUGCUGACCGUGGCCGUACAAAAGGCCAAGUCGACCAUCGAGUCCUACAAUCGUGAACGCCAAGCGAUCGAAGCUAAGAAACUUGAGGCCGACGGCAAGUUGGCGAAAAUUGCCGCGUUUCUGACUGCGACAUGAUGGAGGGGCGGCAUCCUCUCUGGACACAAAAGCUUCUUCAGAGUGUGCAGGACGACGUCUCAUCUAAAGACAUCGUGCAGCCAUUCACCAAUAAUCGAAACCCCUCGACCUGAGUAUAUAUCGAU